AUGAAGGCCCUGUUCCUGAGCUUUGGCCUCGGCCUCCUGGCUGCCCUGCAGGCCCAGGCCUUCCCCACUGUGGACGAGGAUGAGGAUGUGACAGGAAUGUGGUAUUUGAAAGCUACAGCAUCUGACAAGAAGAUUCCUGACAAGAAGCUUGGCUCUGUGUCUGUGGCUUCCAUGUCCAUCAAGACCCUGGAAGGGGGCAACCUGCAAGUCAAUUUCAGUGUCCUGGUUGCAGGACAAUGCCGGGAGGUGAGCACUGUCCUAGAGAAGACAGAUCAGCCCGACAAAUACACCUUCUAUGGGGGCAAACAAGUGCUCUACAUCAUACCAUCUGCAGUGGAGGACCACUUCAUCUUCUGCCACGAGGGCAGAAUACAUGGGCAUCCUUUCCGAAUGGCAAAACUUGUGGGCAGAGACCCUGACUUCAACCAGGAGGCCCUGGAAGAUUUUCAGAACGUUGUAAGAGCUGAAGGUCUCAACGCAGAGAGCAUCUUCAUCCCCAAGCAGAGUGAAAGCUGCCCUCUAGGAAACAAUUAA